AGGUUGAUGAGUGACUAUGAAGUUACACUAGUAAACGACAAUAGUAAGCAGGAAUUCUACGUCCGCUUCAAGGGUCCCGAGGAGACACCAUUCCAAGGCGGCCUAUGGAAAGUCCACGUCGAGCUUCCCGAUCAAUACCCCUACAAAUCUCCUAGUAUCGGCUUCGUCAACCGCAUCUUCCACCCUAACAUCGAUGAGUUGUCCGGCUCUGUCUGCCUGGAUGUGAUCAACCAGACUUGGUCUCCCAUGUUCGACAUGAUCAAUAUCUUCGAAGUCUUCCUUCCUCAACUACUUCGAUAUCCCAACCCUACCGACCCCUUGAACGGUGAAGCAGCAGCCCUACUAAUGCGAGAACCAAAGAGUUACGAGGCCAAAGUGAAGGAAUAUGUCGCCAAAUAUGCGAGCAAAGAGGCCGCUGAUGAAGCUGGGGCAGAGUCUGACGACGACGACGAUAUGUCUUCUGUUGGCAGCUUUGGUGACGAUGAAGAUGAAGAGCCAGCAGGACAGAUGGAAGAAGUCUAAUUCCGACUUGGUCUUAUUCAUGGCGAAAAGUUCGUUACGAUUCGCUCUCGGCAUAAACUCUUCUUCUACUUUCCUUUCGCAUACUGUUACGGUGUUCAAUGGGGCUGCGGAUUUGGAAUGGGAAAUGGAUGGCAUGGAGUAUUCAGGCUGGUGCAUAUACAGUGCUUUGCGUUGUUUCGUGGCCACACUUUAGGAUCAACUAGGAAUUCAGAGCAUUCUCGUCUCAGAAGUACGUUAAGUUGCGCGAAGUGUCCUUGGUGGUAUGACAUUGCAGACAUUACAGACAUUGCAUAAUUCGUAGAUUUGGCUUUUUCAAUAGAUACCAUAUUAGACCAAUUGCGUGCUGGAUCUGUGCCUGUUUCGGGCACAUGGCAGAAC